AUGGGUAAUAAGUGGACAUCCGAAGAGGAAGCUGCCCUAAGAAAAGGUGUAAGUAAACAUGGUACUGGGAAAUGGCGCAAAAUUCUUAGUGAUCCUGAGUUCAGCACCGCGUUGGUUCACCGAACCAAUGUGAGCAUCAAGGACAAGUGGAGAUCUCUGAAUUUAGCAAGGAUUGAUUCUCCAAACGCCAAUAUCGGACACUAUAAUGAAUCUGUGGCUUUUAUUGGGGAGGGCAGUGGUAAAGAUGGAAUUGCUCAACCUAGCACACUGGCCAUAGCUUAUGAAUCAUCAGAAGAUGAAAAUGAGAAACUAGCAUCAAGGUUUCGCAAACUGGACGAUUUAACUGAUGUGAAGCUGGAAUCCAGUAAUAUGCUCGAACAGGUGCAGCAAGAAAGGGAGUAUGUUUCAGCAGCCUCAGACAGAGUGAAGGCCGCAGUUGAUGCGGAAGUGUGGAGGAUUAGGCAUAUGGCUGAAGCUGCUAUGGCAGAGGCUGAAGAAGCAGAAAAAGAGGCGGUAGAGGCUGAACGUCUUGCAGAAGAGAAACAAUCUAUUGCUGAUGAAUUAGAAAGAAAAUUAAUGGAAAAGAAGGAUAGAGCUGUUCUAUAA